UCUAUCACAAUCUCGACUACGAAGAUGAUGAUCACCACGACGAUGGUUACGAGGAUGACGACUACGAAGAUGCGGGAGCUCCUCCUCCACCUCCACUUCACAAAGUGGCUUAUCGAUCAAAAUCAGCACUCUCGCAUCGCGAUCCGAUGGACGACGAAGAAGACAGCGGACAUAUGUAUGCGGAGCAACGAAUGAAGUCACGGACACCGACUCCACUGCGGGAUGCCUUGGAAGAUGUAAUGGCUACGCUUCAGAAUAUGGAGGUUGAAGACCGCCGACCGUUACGAAAGCAGUCGAUGGUACGCCCCGCUACCCAGAUGGAAUUCCGCCAGCCAAGUCCAGAGCCUAUGUAUUACCAGAGUACAGACCACGUGCAGCAGACAUCGUCAAUUCAUCGAGGGGGCUUCAGGAAUAGUCUUAGUCGCAAGUUGACAAUCAAUAGACCGAAGAGUAGUCUAGGGCUAGGCAGACACGAGAUGGACAGCACAGGGCCUAGAGAUUCCAUGGGAUCCGGUUCCGACGCACAUGUUUCUCAUGUUUCUCUCAACCCGACUAGAAGUUUACUGCGCAUGAAAGCUUUGGCUCGCUCGAAUACGACAACUACAAACUCAACGGUCUCGCAUGCAGCACUUUCAGCUACUAGCGGUAGUACGAAUAUGAGCGACAUGAGUGCCACUUCAGCAGGUAGUCUUGCGAGAAGACGCCAGGAGAUGAGUCGAUUGGCGACCAUUGAUUCGGUCUCGAAUUUGGCGCCGAUGAGCAGCAAACCUGUGCAGAUGCCGGAAGCGGUUCAGUCAGGCCGGCAAUCAUUGAUGCAAAAUAAGUCAAGUUUGGCGUCUCUGAAAUUGAAGAAGAGCGGAUUUUUCAAAAAGGUGAAGGCAUUGGGCAGUGCUGCAUCAUCAAGCGGGAUGUCUUCAGCUUCGUUUUCGUCCAAGUCAACGACGAAUCAGUCUUAUACCAAAUCCAGUAUGACUUCGUUUAGUUCCGCGCCCGCGAGCCGGCACAAGGGAGCGCUCGGUCCGGGGCAAUAUGCCCAGCCUACGGUGUCGCAGAGCGCAAAGUGGAUUCAGGCACAGACCGAUCUGCAUCGUGCAAAGUCGCUGAGUCGGUACGAGCGUGAUGACAGACGACGGAAGCAAGAGCUCGAGGGUUACUCUGUUGUCAAUCCGCUUGAUGUUCUGAACGGGCAGGUAGAGGGCGAUGAGGGAGCCGACGGGCGCGUGGUGGAGACUUCGAUGGACGUGAUGCGAUUCAACUUUACGACGCUGGAUAAGUCUGUUCGUUCGUUGUCUAUACCGUCGCUGUCGACGCUGGCAUCGUUUACAAUCACUGUGCUGUGCCGGCCGUACAAGUCUGAUAUUCAGCGGCUCCGAGCGAUAUAUAUUUUCUGCACCGAGCGGAUAGUGUACCGACCGAGCACGACGGCAGAUGAUGAUUACGACGAGCAGCACGAUGCGACACGAAUUUUCCGAAGUAAGGAGGCUAGUGCAGAUGAGAUGGCACAUUGCGUUCAGGCUAUGUGUGAAUUGAUGCAGAUUCCUUGCGAGGUCGUGCGGGGGUAUCUGAAGGCACCAGGUGAGGUUUCGGAUGGGCACAAUACGUCGGGACGAGUAAAUCAUUCAUGGAACGCUGCGAUAGUUGAUGGCGAGUGGCGGAUGAUUGAUGCGUCGCUGGCUAGUCCUACGCAUCCUCGGAGGUCGCUGUACACGAACUGCGGGGCGAACAUCGCGGAAGACUUUUACUUCUUGGCCAAGCCAAGUGAGCUGAUCUUUUCGCACAUCCCGCGGAACCGCAAUUGUCAACAUAUUCUUCCCGCUUUGUCCCCCGACUUAAUUUUCCAACUUCCUUCGAUCUGUCCGGCGAUGUUCAAGCACGGGCUCUUCCUGUGUGACUUUGAUAUGUCGUUGCUGCGGACGAGUGGGCCGGAGAUUGUGCAGAUUGAUGUUCAGGUUCCUGCGGAUGUGGACUGCGUUGCCGAGAUUGAGGUGCGCGGGUAUGUUGCGGAUGCGGAUGGCGAUCUGAUGGAGUCUGGGGAGGUGCUGAAGAGCCCUGCGAUGGCGCAGCCAUAUUGGGUGCAUGGCCGGCGUAUAUUCCGCGUCAAAGGACUGCUUCCGGACGGAGAACGGAGCGGAGUGCUGAAGAUCUAUGCGGGACGAAGGGGAUUGCUGCAGAGUCAGAAGGACAACCCGUAUCCUCUGGCGGUCGCGUUUCCGAUCAGUCAUGUGGGCAAGAGUUAUGGGCAGUUUGACUUUGUAACUCUGCACCCUACACCGCAGGCGUUGAGGUAUGAUCUGUACGUAGUGCAGCCACAGUGCCGGGAGCUGGCGCGAGGAAGCACGAUUGUGUUUGAUAUGAAGCAAUUUCCCAACAAUGUGGAGUCGCCUGUGUUUUCGCCGACGAAGAGCGCGAAGCUGGCGAUCCAGUCGCCGAGCGGGAAGAUGACGCGGAUGAGUAUGAAAGAUGGAGAGAUGGAUUUCGGGGCGGAGAGGAGCUCGGGCCAGAUUAGCUGGGAAGCGAUCGUGAGCUGUUCAGAGACGGGAGUCUGGCGGGGGCUGGUGAUGGCGGACCGAAGUUCUACGUGGGUUGUAUUUGCGGAAUGGGUUUGUGUGCAGCAUUGAUGUGUAAUAAUAUGAUGCUAUAU